CUGUCAUCGGUCUGCGAUCGAUCUUUCGUUCAUUCAAUAAUUUCAACAGCGUUCACGGCGUCGCUGUAAUUUUUGAAUGUUUUGUGCAGAAAACAAAAUAAUAUCAACUUAAUCGCGAGAACAUUGUAAAAUGGCGCGAACCAAAUCGCCGUCAGCGGCUUCUGAUAAAGACAAAAAGAAACCAAGGGAAAACAAAAAGAAGAAAGGUGAUUCAGGAUCUAGCAGCAGUGAGAGUAGUGGCAGUUCCUCUGAGAGCAGCUCGUCCCGAUCGUCUUCCCGGUCGUCAUCUAGCAGUUCUGGCAGCUCCUCGCGUUCUUCCUCAUCUUCCAGUUCAUCGAGCAGCAGCAGCAGCAACAAUGACCGCUCCAGACCAAAGAAGAAGACUUCGCCUAACAAGAGUCCAGUGAAGGAUCGCCGUGAACCUGACAGAGACAAAGUAAGGGACAGAUCACCACUUGGUGAUAAGAAAAAAAUAGCUGCUCCUUCAGCUAAUGAUAAAGGCAAGAGCAAGGAGAAACAUGAUAGAUCACCUGGCCGCAAGAAGCGUGAGCGCUCGCCACCACCACGCCCCACAAGAAUUCACAUUGGGCGUUUGACUUUAAAUGUGACAAGGGAACACAUUCAGGAAAUUUUCUCAACAUAUGGUGCUGUGAAGACAGUCGAAUUUCCCAUGGACAGACUGCACCCUCAUAAUGGACGAGGAUAUGCUUAUGUUGAAUUCAGUAAUGCAGAUGAGGCAGAGAAUGCUAUGAAGCAUAUGGAUGGAGGUCAGAUUGAUGGUCAAGAAAUUACUGCGGCGCCAGUGCUGAUACCAUCGCGACCUCGCCGGCCAUCUCCGCGUCCGCCACCGCCUAGACACGCGCCGCCACGACGUCAUUCUCCACCUCGGUACCGGCGCCGCAGCCCGCUGCCCCGGCGGCGCUCCCCGCCGCGGCGCCGCCGCUCGCGCUCGCGCUCCCCGCGCGCGGCUCCUCGGCGCCGACGCUCCAGGUCCUCCUCCUCCUCCUCCCGAUAACUCCUCUACACACACACAUACAUACCACGUACACACCCUAGUCGCUAUGCAUGCAAUACACCAACACACAAUACUUUGACCCGUCUUGUUUUUGGGAGGCAAAAUUUCUCCAAAUAUUGGUAUACAGCUGUUCCAGAAAUGCCACCUGAGGUAAGUAUGAAACCACUUGCCAUUUUAAUGGUCGAUUCCAGUAUGAAUUUAGUGUAGAUAUGUAAUAUGCGACUUAAUAUGCAGGUAAGUAUUCGUGUUGUAUCAUAGCACUGUUUGAAGUAGGAUUGUUUGAAUAAUUUUUUAACAAGAUUUUUCUUGUCAUAAAAGCUUGCAAAAUGGAAACAACUGAGUGAGUGAUCAAUGCAGAUGAACUGUAUCCAAAUAUGACUUGCAGCAGUGUGAAGUGUAAUUUUAUGAUUGUAUUUGUAAUACCCAAGGAAAACUGACUUUAUUCGCUAAUAAACUGUAUUAGUAAUGAGA